AUGAAGCAGGCGGCAGUCCAUGCGAAGGCCGAAUACUUCAAUUCCAAACCCGGGCCUUCGGCUCGGAAGGAGGAGUCGGCAACGAAAAGUUAUCCGGGCCAGACCGACGACUUGUUGGCGGGACACAAACGGAAGGACGACCGUGACUGCCGUCAGGGAAACUCAAAGAAGGGUCGGGAAAGUACGGUCGUAAAGACCACCGAGCUCCCCUACCGAAUCACGAUUGUGCUCAGGAAGUCUUCACCUCGCUGA